AUGAGUAAGGGCCUUGAAACGGGUUGUGAGGUUAUGAAACCCAUUCCGAACAUGUCGAACGAAGAUUGGAAAGAGCAUCACCUUCCGAAAAGGAUGCGUUUAGAAAUCGCUAACGUACCAAGGCACAAAGGGGCAAAGAAAUUAGUUAGAAAUUUUGCGAUAAUUGUUGGCAGUGUGUAUGGUUAUGUUCAAAGAGUACCAUCUCAAAAUCCAAAAUAUACAAGCGUUUUAAUCAUAGCAUGUUCUUCUCGCUCCCAAAUUCGUUUAAGGCAAUUCUUAAAAUUCCUAAUGUUCUCUUGGAUCGGGGAGUGUAUGCUUGUAAAUCAGUUUCAUGAAUUUAAUAAGGGCCAAUCUGAUGUUCAUUCUAAAACCUUUUCAAUCAAAGCUACACCUCAUAAUCUCCGUAUUUCAAAUUCAAGAGAUGAAAAGAAAAAGUCUGGAAGAAGGAAUGACGAGAUCAAGCAUAACACUACCGUACAGAGUUUUGAUAAAUCAUGGGCUUCUGUGGUUAAUUAUUUUGACUUUGUAGAAGCAUUAGAAAGAUCAGAAAGCGAAUCAUACUCUACAAAUUCAGAAGAUUUACCAGAAUCUUCAAGGGAGUUUUGA